AUGGAGAAUACAACAGAUGAAAACAGAGAUAUUGCCAGUUAUUAUAUCCAGUUGGUCACACAACAAGCUGAUCCUAACUUCAACCCAUUUUACAAUGAAAAAGCACUACCAAAGAUAUCUGAACAUAUGCACUUAGAUAUGUAUCUUUAUUUCAUUGAUAAAAGAGGUAGAAACGAGGUGGAGUUCAAUCAAGAUGUGUGGAAUUUAUUCGUGAAUGAUAUUCAGAAAUCACUUGAAUCAAACAAUUAUACAAUAAGUGAUUGGAUCAUUCAACAUCUUCAAACAAUGAAAGAGCAGCAUAAACUGGAUUUUCAUUUGCGUGUUAGUAUUCCACCGAUGUCACUAAAUGUUACCGAUAUCGAUCAACAUAGAAAUGCAACUGGCAGAUUCAAACUUUUACAAUCAAUGAUUGAUGAAUCACCCAGCCAAGCGGAGGUAAUAGAGCGUUUCAAGAAGAAAGCUAUUCUAAACGCUCUUAAAUCUUCAAACUACGAAGCAUUCCUUUAUGUCAAGGAGAUGUGCAGUGAUAAAAAUAUUUUGUGUUCGAGUUCCUACAACGCCGAAGCAUUGUUUUAUCUGCAGGACGUCUAUUCAACCGAUGCUAUCGGUAAAGCAUUGACAUCGGUUGUGCAAUACUCGCUCUCUCAUGCCCGAUCGAUUGCACAAUUGGUGUCGGAGCAAUAUAUAUCACCCAGAGAUCUUCAACAGGUUAUAUCUACAAUCACUACACACCAAAGAGAAAUUAACAUCAAUUUUAAAUCGAAGAAAAUGAAUAAACCAUAUCUAUCUAAUGUUUUAAACUGGCAUACAAUGAAUAAAAAUGAUGUUACAACUAUUUUAUUUCAAAGAAUAAUAAGAAAUAAGAUACUUUUAAAUAUUAUUUGUGAUCAUAUCUCAUCAAUCAGUUUAUAUCAUGCAACUUGUACAUCAAUCAUUUAUAAAUUUAAUCAAGUCAAAUCACUUUCAUGGAUCAUUAGAAAUAACUAUAUAUCAUCUUUGAUCUAUUUCUCAAAGUAUUUACCAACAACAGAUUUAAUUGUGGAUGACGCCAUGAUUAUUGCAAGCAAAGUUGUGAAUUUAGAUCAGUUGAAAUCGAUAAUGAAAGAAUUGGAUAUCACAUCACUUUUUACAGCAUCACAUGAUAUAAUACCAUAUCAGGCUAGAUUUGGAUGCGAAUGGUUUAAGAGUAUGGUCGACUCCUCUCAGCAAGCCAACAUGUCAUAUCUAAGCGAUAAACAAAGGAAUCAAGCAAUAAACUAUGCAUUUCAAUCUCGGUGA